CCUGCUCGACCAAUCAGAGAAGGCGUUGUUUUGUUGUCGACGUCAACUAGUAGAAGUGUCACAGAGUCUGCAGCAGGAGGGACGUGAUCUUACUUUGUGCUAAAUUAACGAUGGAGGUGGAUCAGCUGCUGUCUCUGUCGGGUUCAGCCUUGGCUCAGGCCAUCAGUUCUCUGCUGGAGACUCCGGGGCUUUAUGUUUUUUCAGACAUACUGGAGCUGCCAAACGUUCGAGAGUUGGAGACAGGUCCUCAUGCUCCCGUCUAUCAGCUCCUCAAUCUCUUUGCUUAUGGAACCUACUCUGACUACAAAGAGAGGGCGGCCUCGCUCCCAGAGUUAACACCUUCCCAGAAGAACAAGCUCCGUCACCUGUCAAUCAUCAGUCUGGCCUCCAACCUGAAGUGUCUGCCUUACUCGCUGCUGCUGCAGCAGUUGGAGCUGAAGAACGUGCGCGAGCUGGAGGACUUGCUUAUCGAGGCCGUCUACUGCGACAUCAUCCACGGCAAACUGGACCAGCGCAACCAGCAGGUGGAGGUGGACUUCAGCGUGGGCCGCGACCUCGGUCCUAACGAGCUGCCGACCAUCGCCAACACACUACAGGAGUGGUGUGCAGGAUGUGAGGCGGUGUUGUGUGGAAUUGAGGAGCAAGUCUCCAGAGCUAAUCAGUACAGGGAGAGCCAACUCAAGGUGAAAGUGCAAGUGGAGACCGAGGUGUCAAACCUACAGAAAACCCUGAAGGCCAGCUCCGCUUCACCAUCUUCUGGCCCCACCCCCGGUGGGGCGGCGUCCAAUCAAGAUGCAGAUCAACCGGCUGAGCCGCGAGACCCUGCCUCUUCUCAGGAAUCACGGCAACCAGGGAAAAAGAGUUCAAAAGUCAAAGGGCUUCGCGGGAGCGGGAAGAUCUGGUCAAAGUCGAACUGAGCCCACAGGCACGUAAAGAUCACACCGAGGUGCAGAAUCGCUGACUUGUUGAGCAGAUGAACAGAGACACUUUGACACCCUUUGGAUGGAUCCACACUGGCAGAAGAACUAGUGAGCAGAUUGCAGCUUCUUCACAACACUGCUGUACAGGCAUCAUAUAACCACAGACUUUACAGAUACAAAACUCGGAUUAAAGACUUUUGUGUGUGUGUGUGUGUGUGUGUGUGUGUGUGUGUGUGUUUGAGAGAGAUAGCGAGAGCGUGAGGAAAGAACAGACUGUGCAUAAAUACAUGCUUGUAAAUGUUUUAAAUCUAUUUGUUUUCCUUCUUUUCUCUGAGUGUUCCGAGUUGCUUCGUUCCAUAAUUAUUAUGUAAGACGACGAUAAAGGAAUAAACAUUUUCCCUCUGUCACUA